UAUUUGUCGUGCUUGAAUUUAAUGAUAUUUUUUGUAGCCUUCUACAAAUUAUGAUCAAAUAGUUCUAGUAGUAGUAUACAUAGAUUAAGCCAUCAUCAUUAAUUUCGUCAUUUGAACACAUUCAAACGAUGAAAAGGGAUUAAUUUUUUUUGGUGGAGGCAGUAGAAUGUUAUCUUAAUUAUUUUAUAAUUAUUAUCUGUUAUUAGUAUCUAUAUAAAUGACACUAUUUUUUCAUGUACGAUUGAGAUAUUUUUGUUAAGAUAAAUUAAAAAAAUCUAUGUUGUUUAAGAUUUCGAAAAUUUAUGAAAUUAAAAUUUAAAAAAACAAAAUAUUUAUAUUUUUAUUCGAACGUCGUUUGAAAGCGUUACAUUUUCAGAUCAAUUGUUUUUGAACGAUAACACAUUGUACCUUUUACUACAAAAAAAGUAAUGCAAGCUGAUUUCGAUGAUAGAUUAAUCAUUCGUUAUGAUUUGAUUAAUUAAUGUCAGGCUUCAAAAUUAGUUCAAUGUUAGUUCAUGUUUAUCACUUUCGAACUCGUGUUAAAGAAAAUCUAAUUUUAUAUUUAAGAAAAACCAUUUAUUCCUAAUUUCUCACAUCAUGCUCUAUCUCUUACCUUUAACGAGUUAGUACAAGUAUUAUAACAAUAAAUCUUUAAUGCAAUGUUGCAUAGAAUUUUUCAAAUCUCGAAUAAGAUUAGAACUUAACCAUUCUUCAUAUUGAUUCAAACUUUCAAUAUAAAAUUAAAAAGUAUCUCAGUGUACUGCUGUAGGAAAAAAUCCAUCGAUAUCAACAACUUCGAAAGAAUUGCCCGUAAACUUGAUCACAGUACAAAGCCUCGAUCGUUUUCACUUUGUAAUAUCUUCCAUUUCAAGCCCGCGUUUUGUUUACUUAGGCGUCCUCGUACUUCGUCAAAUCGGCGGUGGCAGCUACCUGCUAUUGAAGGGGACAUAACGAACCAUAGUAGCGCAGUCAGCUGCGAAUCUCCGCGCGCGACGCACGUGAGACAUUGUUUUCUCCGGUUUUCGGCGUGCGACUUUUAUUUUUGGCCCGUUUGCCGCGUUUGCGUAAUCGGGAAGACAAGUUUUUUCGUAUCGAAACUGACGAAGAGACGCGUCUUCACUCGCGCACGUUUCUUUUUUUCUUUUUUUUUUUUUACUGAAAUUUGCUUUUUUUCCAUUGCAUUCGCGAACGUAAAAAUACAAAGGCAGAGGAAACGAGCGUCGAAAAGGAUCCGGCAGUGUGUUGAUGUGCAGUGAUCAGGAUAUUGGUGCGCACCGGAGUCUCGCCGGAAGUAAAGUCCUUUGAUUCGACGGCAGCUGAGGGAAGAUCGAGACGCGGUUCACCCUCGAUCCGUAUAGUAGCAAAUUUGAUUUUUUACGUCGUUGAUACGUGGGGUUGAAUUACCUUCUUCGUGGUUCCGUCGUCGUGACGACACCGAAGAUCUUCGACAGCCGCGAUGAUGGAAACAUGAGGGUUCUGGAAUAUCGUGCACUCGAUCGACGCAGUUCCAAGCCUGUCGACCAUAAAUGACCGAUGUGACGCAGCCCAUCAGGAAUAUUUUCACGCAAAAUGAUUCGUGCCCUUGUCCUUCUCUGCAUGGCCGUUCUACCUCUUGUACGAUGCCACAAGAUCCACGAACACAUGACAAGGGAGGAGAUGUUAUCGGUGUUUCACACGGGACACGAGUCUGUACCGACGUACGAAGUUAUACCUGUGUUGCAUUCAAUGCACAAGAGAAGUACAGAGAAGCCGGAGAUACACCUGAAGGCCUUCGGCAAGGACAUCAGUCUGUCGCUGAAGCCUACGGAAGGGUUGCUGACAGCGAACCACUUGCCUAUGUGGACUGUCACGAAGAACGCGUCGCAACCUGGUGGCCUCCACUAUGAAAAGGUGACGAAUGCCGACGUAGAUAUCGGUGACAUCUAUCAAGACACGACGAACAUGGCGUCAAUUCUACUGCACCGGGACGCGAAUGGGAAAGUGCUCGUUGAUGGUAAUAUCGGUGCAGAACUAGUGAUUCGACCAUUGCCAGAUAGGAUAUUAAAUGAAGUAGUAAACAAGAACUCGAAUCUUCACGGAGAAGAGUUGCUGCCAAACGUAACGCGAAGUAAAGGGAACUUGAAGCGCACGAGCCAUCACGUGGUGUACAAGAAAGUGACUCGUCCAAACGGCGACGAGUACAGCGAUUUCACGCUGAUGGAGCCCGAUCACUUGGCCAAGAGGUACAGAUCGAAACGAUCGAUCGCCGCCAGAACAAAGAGGGAAGCACCGUAUGUGAUCUACCCGGAAAUCCUCUGCAUCGUCGACUAUGAUGGAUAUAGAUUACAUGGCGGUGAUAACGUGCAAAUCAAAAGAUACUUUGUGUCCUUCUGGAACGGAGUAGACCUAAGGUACAAGCUGUUAAAAGGGCCAAAGAUCCGCAUCAGUAUCGCUGGAAUCAUUAUAUCACGGGGCAGAGAUGCUACACCGUAUUUGGAAAGAAAUCGCGUCGGACGAGACGCGAUCGAUUCGGCAGCUGCGUUGACCGACAUGGGCAAAUAUCUCUUCCGAGAGAGACGACUUCCGGUGUACGACAUCGCCGUCGCUGUCACAAAAUUAGAUAUGUGCAGGAGGCAAUACGCGAAUGACGUGUGCAAUAGAGGAACCGCAGGAUUCGCGUAUGUGGGUGGAGCUUGUGUCGUGAAUAAGCGUCUGGAAAAGGUGAAUUCGGUCGCUAUUAUCGAAGACACAGGCGGAUUUAGCGGAAUUAUCGUUGCAGCCCACGAAGUUGGUCAUUUGCUGGGCGCAGUUCACGAUGGCUCACCGCCACCUAGCUAUCUCGGAGGACCAGGAGCCGAAAAAUGUCGUUGGGAGGAUGGCUACAUAAUGAGCGAUCUCAGACACACAGAGAAAGGCUUUAAGUGGUCCCAUUGCAGCGUAUCGUCGUUUCAUCAUUUCUUGAACGGCGACACAGCAACGUGUUUGUACAACGCACCUCACGAAGACGAAGCUCUUCCUAGAGUUUUACCUGGAAAGCUUCUUUCGUUGGAUGCGCAAUGUCGGAAAGAUCGUGGAACGAGCGCCUGUUUCAAAGACGACAGAGUUUGUGCUCAACUAUUUUGCUUUGACGCUGGCUCAGGAUAUUGUGUGGCAUAUCGUCCAGCGGCCGAAGGUUCUCCUUGCGGAGACGGUCAGUAUUGCCUAAACGGAAAGUGCGUGGCCGAACACGAAAAUAUUAUCCCAGAUUAUACGCAAAACAUUCCAACGUACGUGCGCCGAGAUAGCAGUUUCAACCCGACAGCCAACAAUCGGCCUCUGUAUGCUCAAUAUAACAACACAGACUACAGGUAUCCGUGGGAAUCGACGACAUACAGCACGCCACAAUCGAAAUUUAAAUACUCCUCGCCGUCGUCGAAUCUCUUCUCGUCGACGAGCAAUCCUUACAAACGCGUCACAUCGUUCGCCACUACCCCGGCGACCAAAUACACCUACACCACUGCCAGUUAUCUGUACGUCAAUAAAUACAAGACUAAAGUAAAUAUUAGUAACGAUGCUAGUUAUAGUAAGAACGGAUACGCUGGUGGUACUACUACUAGGAAUUAUUCGUACUAUACAGUUAGUCCGAUAUCAAAGAUCAACGAUCUGAAUUAUCCGAAAAUUAGCCCGUUCAGACAUAAGGGCACGGUGAGCAUGGUGUUAGCAACAGCAGACGAAAAGGAUCAGAACGGGCCUCAAAACGAUGCUCGCGAACCAGAGGACGAUGAGUGCACGGACGUGGGGUCAGAUUGCGCGGAGCUGAUUGACAGGCUGAGGACAUGGCUGUGCCAUUUGCAAUCUGUGAAAAGCCGCUGCUGCGCGUCCCUAAAGACGAUCUGCGCCGCUUGAUGUGCAACUUUGAACGUAGUCCUUCCUGUUCGUUAAGGAGUUCACGUGGCUACGCAUCCAGAGACCACCACAGAUCCGAAAUCGAACACUCGGCGCGCACUCAGCACGCGUUCAGCUCAUCGAGCAGACCAUAUUCUCCAUUGAGAGAUUGGGACUUAGACGAAUCAUGUGAUCUACGAUGUCGUUCGGUCAGCAUUAUCUUUAAAAGACGGACAUCUUACCAAGUUCUUAAAUGCGCUCCCGGUCGAAACCACAUGAAAAACGAAUGUAUAAUUCAAUUUAUUAAGUAGUUACAUAAUCUCACUGUGUUACCCAGAGUAUAAUUUCGUCCUUUCUACUUUCUCUUCUCUUUUUCUUGUCUUCUUUCUUUCUUCUUUUCUGAUGCAAUAAUUCCGCGAUACGAUAAUUGUUUACGAUAGUACCGCAGGAGCUUUGUACAGACAACAGGUGUGAAGUUAUAAAUACGUCGAGUACGAACAAAAAUGUUCGAUCAAUGUAUCUGAUAGAUUCGAUCGUAUAUUUAUUCGAUGCAUCGCGCGGGAGACUUUUGUGUUACGAUAGAAAUACGAUACAUGCGUAUUAGUACGAACGCGCAAGUGCACGCCAAAAAACGAGCUUCCCCUAAAAUAAUGAAAAUUAUAGUGCAAGGCAAAUAAAUGGUGAUUAUACGAUGGAACCGUGCGUUCCCUUUUUGCUAGUUUAUUUUUGUGAAUCUUUUAUACAAAUUAAAUCGCUAAACUGAGACAAUUUUCUUAAAAGAAUACUGAAAUUAUCUUUGGACUGUCUCUGAUAGUAUAGAUAUGUUUCAACUACUUAUAUUUUAUAUUAUUAUGUUUAAGUGUUGAUAAUUGGGAAAAGAUAAUUUAAUAUUUGUAGACAGUAUUCAUUCAUUGGAUAUAAUAUAUUGUGAUACAAAUGUACAUAUUUGAAAGACAAAUUUUAGAAAAUUUUCUCGUUUCUUUUUUUUGUAUAAUGUCAAUUUAAUAAAAUGAUCGACUAUA